CGAAAGCUCGCAGUUUUUUUUUUAUCCCUGAACUGAUUAGGUGAAAAAUCUGCCUUGAGCAGGGCACUUAACCCUAAUCGCUCCUAUAAAUUGUUUGGAUAAGUGUCUGCUACAAUAUAAAGUUAGCUCAUGCAAUUUCACUUGCAUUAUUAGGAUGUACACUAUAUGAGGCUUUAAUGUCACAAAAGUUAACAUUUAAUUUUAAAAGAGACUGGAUCCAUCAAUUGAGUGGAUCUAUCCCCCCUUCGAGCCAAAAGGAAACAAAGCUUGUGUAUACGUCAUGUGUGUGGCAACGACGUUACGAAUAAUAACACGCUGACAUUUGUGACGUUCUACACAUCAGAGACUGUCGGUUGAUAUUUAUUGUCCGAGGCAGGGGUACAAUUUUCAUCAGAUUAAGGACCCCAGGAUGUUGCGUCUGCGUUGCAAAACCAAAAAUGGGAGCCACAUUAUGCAGGGCCUGACCCAUCAGUCCUGUGUGCAGGAGCUGAAGAGCAAGGUAGAGGAGCUGACUGGUAUCCCCUGUGAUGUACAGAAGAUCAUGGUUGGUUACCCUCCCUCUAGCUUGGACCUCCGAAACGGAGAUGCUCACCUCAAGGACUACCCCAUCAAAUCAGGAGACACUCUCAUUGUUGAGGAGGAAGAGAAGAACAAGAUGAAGACCCAGACAACCAAUUCAGCUGUAACCAAGGGACCCCGUCUGGAGUCUCCCCCUGUGCUGGCCAGAAGGGUCGUUCCAGCAGACAACUCCUGUCUGUUCACCAGUGUCUCCUAUGUGGUGGAGGGUGGGGUAUACGACCCAGCGUGUGCCCCCGAGAUGCGAGGCCUCAUCGCCCAGAUCGUGUCGAGUGACCCAACGGCUUACUCUGAGGCGGUUUUGGGAAAGACCAACGAGGAGUACUGCACCUGGAUCCGACGUGACGACACCUGGGGCGGAGCUAUAGAGGUGUCCAUCCUGUCCAAAUUCUACCAGUGUGAGAUCUGUGUAGUGGACACGCAGACAGUGCGUGUGGAUAGAUUUGGUGAGGACGCUGGCUACCACAAACGUGUGCUGCUCAUCUACGACGGCAUCCACUACGACCCACUGCAGAAAGAAACGCCUAGUUCCGACACGCCGCCCCAGACCAUCUUCUCCACCACAGAUGACAUCAUCCUGGCCCAGGCCCUGGAGCUAGCAGAUGAGGCGCGAAGGAAGCGGCAGUUUACGGACAUCAACCGCUUUGCCUUACGCUGUAUGGUGUGUCAGACAGGCCUAGUAGGACAGAAGGAGGCCCGGGAACAUGCCAAGGAGACGGGCCACACCAACUUUGGAGAGGUGUGAGUCAGAGCACUCUUCCUCCUCUCACCACCCCCUUACCUCACAACCACCACUCCCAUGCCGUCACAUCUGUGUCUGUACGAUCCUCUACCUCACUUGGUCCAGCGAGAUUCUGCAGACCCUGGGGUUCGGUCUUACCCGUUCAGUAUUACUACUACAGCUGUCAGCUCACAGGCUAAUCUACUGUAAGGUUCUGAUCUCAUACAAAAUAUCCUCUACAAUUGUUUUAGGGACAUUUUUAAGCUCAGUUUUGAGUCUUCACACUAAACUCAAAACACAGUGGGUGAUUGUUUGUUGAAGUCUUGUUGCUCAGUAAUGUAGCAUUUGUUCAGUUUGUUGACACUAAUGGAGCAGAACUUUCUUAAUACCAAAGUUGGAGAUGCCUGGAAAUGCCUUGCUUUUUCAGUUCUGACUUGUGGCACUAUUGUCAUGGCAUGGCUAGAUAGUACUACAACAGAAAUCUUUUUCCAGGGCCAUUGUGCCAAGAUACAUGUUUGAUUUCACACAUCAAUGACAAUAUUAAUUAAAAUGUUUUUGUUUGUGCCUCACUAGUACUUGGAAAAACAGUGACAACUGUUGCAAAAUAUCAAAUAUAAACCCAGUCAGUCACUUGGUAGAGAAGCUGUUAUUUUAUUAUUUUGCAUUGGCAAUGUAUUUAAUAUUUGUAAUAGCAGAGUUUAGCUAGAUUCCUUAAAGGUCAAUACAACCCUAAAUUAUUCAACAAUGGUGCUGUGACAACUGUAUAAGUUAUUGUGUAAGCUAUUACUGAAUUUAUUUAGUUAUUUUCUGCGUUGUGGGUUGUCAGGUGUUUGGAUUGAAAUAUAGCUCUUGGUGUGGAACAUUAACAUUUCAUGCAAUUAUUAUCAUGGCACUCUAGCAUCAAAAGGCCAUGGCAUUACCCACAGUGGGAUUGUUUUUUUAUUAUAUUUAUUUGUGUCUGUUUUAUAUGGUGUAAUUUGAAUUAUGGUAUUUUGUAUUACAGAGAAUUGAUAAGAAUGCUACAUGCUUAUUUUAUUUCCAUUUUAAUCUUGGAGUUAUUAGACUGAAUCAUAUAGAUUGUAAGUCUGUGAUGAAUCAUUAUAUAUUUGUAGUUCAGGUACUGUACACAAUGUGCUUUGCUAUUCAACAUUCUCUUCAUGAUAGUGUUUUCUUUUUCAUUUCCCAUUAGCCUCUCACUCACACCCUGGAGGUCUUGUUGGACUAAUGUGAGGACCACCAAGUGAUGUCAUAGUUGUAAUGUUGAUCUAUAACCACGUUUCCAUCCAGUUUUUAUGCAAGAUAAGUCAUACCAUAUUUUAAUAAAACAGCUGUGAUGGAAACAGGAAUCUUCGGUACAGUUUUAUAAAUGCCGACAGAUCAUUUGUUUGUUCGACAUGGUGGGAUCUUUUUGUCUUUAAAAUGAAUUAUGCGAGAAAUGGUGGAAACGCCCUUAUGCGCAGAUAUUGAUAGAAUAACCAUCAUAUUGACGUAAACUUGGAGUCACGCAAUUAUAUGGUGUGUGUGUGGUUCUUCCACUACGACUCUGGAAACCAUGUAGUUUAUUAGGCUGCAGAUUAAAUAAAUGAUGAACUUCACAGGCUGGUAAAAGUGCACAAUGUUGAGCUUGAUGCUCCUUUCCAAUAAAUAAUCUGGUGACAUGAUGCUUGACUGCAGUUUGACCAACAAAUAUUCUCGCCUUUAUCCGUAAUAAUCAUAUCAUAUAGACUAGCCUAUUCGCACUGUAUCUGCAAGCUGUUGGCUAGAGCGCACUUGCCAAGACUAGAGUAGGUACAUCUUGCUAUUGAACUCAACAGUUUUUGUGACAAAACUAUCAGUGGAGUUGAAAAUGUGAUGCAAACACAUUGAACUUUAGAUUUUAUUUGGAACAUG